GGAGGCCGGGCCCGCAGCCGGGGCCUCGGGGAGCGCAGCGCUUCGCUCAGUGUCCGCCAUGGCCCGCACGCCUCUCCUCCUCCUCCACCUCCUCCUGGCGCUCUGCACAGGUUUCGUGAGGUCUGCGCCCACUCAGCAGCCCUCGGCGUCUGUGGCCCUGGGCCAGACGGCCACACUCACCUGCUCCGGGGUUAGCAGUAACUAUGUUUCCUGGUACCAGCAGAAACCCGGCCGGGCCCCGGUGCUGGUUAUAUACUAUAGUAACAAGCGACCCUCCGGGAUCCCCGACCGGUUCUCCGGCUCCAAGUCCGGGAGCACGGCCACGCUGACCAUCGCCGGGGCCCAGGCCGAGGACGAGGCCGAUUAUUAUUGUCAGGACUAUGCAAGCAGUAGUAAUCCUGUAUUCGGCGGGGGAACGCAUCUCACCGUCCUUGGUCAGCCCAAGGCAUCUCCCACCGUGAAUAUGUUCGCUCCGUCCUCCGCUGAGCUGGACUCCAAAAAGGCCACCCUGGUGUGCCUCAUGGGCGGCUUCUACCCGGGUUCUGUGACCGUGACCUGGAAGGCGGAUGGCGCCACCGUGUCUGAGGGCGUGGAGACCACCAAGCCCUCCAAGCAGACGGACAACAAGUACAUGGCCAGCAGCUACCUGACCCUGACCCCGGCCCAGUGGAAGGCGAAGAACAGCUACACCUGCCAGGUCACCCACGACGGGAAGGUCUUCGAGAAGUCCGUGUCCCCAUCCGAGUGCUCUUAGGCACAUCCUCCCACUCUCCUUCGACCCCCACCUGAGUCAGUGGUCACUCGGGCCGCCCUGCAGCCUGGGCAACCCCCAACCCGUUGACCCCUCGACUGUUGGGGGGGGAUUCUUUCCAUACCCUCUCCCUCUCGCCUCCCACCUCCGCCCCCACGGGGCUCUGGUUGGCUUAGGCUGGGAAGGGACUUCCUGUCGCUGUGGUCUUCCUGUCUGGGAGCACACAUUACCCUCCUUCUUCAAUAAAAGACUUCAUUUUCUCAGCCAA